AUGGCCUCUUCCUCCUUGGCUGCUACUGGCUUGACCGCCUCCAAAUCCGGUCUCCAGCAGCAACAGCAGCAGCAGGCACUUCUAGAUGCUUCGGUCCCUUCCACGUCCACCGCCAAGUCGGCAGCGCCUGUCACUCGCGUUGCCAUCAGGGAUGGAAAGAUGGUCGGCAUCAACGACCAUAUCUAUCUCUCUCCUGCGUGGGCACCUGGCGCUGGCGAGCCCUACAUGAUAGCAAGGGUCAUGGAGUUUGUCACCGCCGCCUCGUCUCGAAGUGGUGCAGCCGCCCUGGCAAGCUCCUCCGGCACCUUGCAGGUACGAGCCAAUGUCUUUUUGCGCAUGCGUGACAUCAGCCUUCGCAGUACCAAUGACCCUCGCCUGCUCGUUGCCACCAUGCACUCUGACGUCUUCAGCCUAGAAAACGUGCGUGGCAUCUGCGAAGUCCGUCAUCGAGACUUGAUAGGUAACGGCACAGCUCCCGACGUAACCCAGUGGAAGAAGAAAGAGGAUCACUUCUACUACCAUCAGCUCUACGACCGCUACAUUCACCGCUUCUACGACGUCAUCCCGACGGAAAAGGUGCAGAACGCACCGCCCGAGGUGCUCACCACGCUCCGUACACGCUAUUCCUUUGUCGUCGCCGAGGCCGGCAUGAUCAACGACCUAACCGACGCUCUCCGAGGGUGCGCCGUCUGCCAUCGAUGGGCUUCCGGACCCGAAUCGGUUCGCUGCGACACGUGCAAGAAGUUCUUCCACAUGAAGUGCCUCAACCCACCGCUUCUUUCCAAGCCCGCCAAAGGAUACAGCUGGACCUGCGCUCCCUGUUCCCGAAGACACGAGCAGGACGUCGAGCUCACCCUGCAGACCGGAGGUCAGCUCAUGUCGGCCUCUCCCAGCACCAACGGUUCUGGCUCCAGCACUUCCAAUCCUCAAGCCCGUCAUCAAAUCACCAUCGCUGCCAACAACAGAGGUCGGGGUGCCCCGCGUGGCAGAGGACGACAAUCCCUUCCUCGGAGAGGCACCACAGGCAGAGGCGACGAGAUCGCUUCAGCCAGCCACACACCCGACGGCAGCCCUGCGCCAGAAAAGACGAGCGACGACCUCCGCGGCACGCGCUGCUUCAACCGCUGGCCAUAUCGAUACUUUGGACAACACACCAAUGCCAUGGACGUGCUUGAUCCACACGACUCGGUCUAUCCCAUUGCUACCACCCGACUCGGUCCCAAGUACCAGGCCUCUCUUCCGACGUGGGAAGAGCAGAAGGAAGCAGGUCUUGGGGUCCACUGCCGCACCAAGGAGAAAGCCAAGGAGGAUGAAACUGCAGCUGCGACAGGCGACGAUGCCGCAGCUGGCUCCACGGCAGCAAGCACAAGCCACUCAGGAGCUGCAACAAGCAACUCUCACAAGAAAAAGGGUCGGCCUUUCAAGCGCAAGCGGGACGCCGUCGAAAGAUCCGAUACUCCAACGACAGGCAGCAGCACACCAGCAGCUGCGCCCAUACCGCUACCCUCUGAUCCUCCCGAGUUUGAGCGAGGUGGCGAUGAAAGCGUCGAACCCAUCUUCCUGCCUUCGGUCUCAAAAACCGAGCAGGUGCUCAAAGCAUACUUGCAAGCUGUGCAAGCGCAUUUCAAGACGGUACCGCCUUACCACGUUGAUCUGCUCAAUCGCUCGCUGGCAACCUUUACCGAAAAGGAGGGAGACCCUGUGCAGGCGCUCAUGUCCAUGUCCGCAAGCACCAACAAGCAGCUCCGGAUUGACCACUGGACCUCCAAGGAAGCCAAGCAGUUCGAGUCGGGUAUUGCGCAGGUCAACUCGGAUAUGAAGCAGUUGAAAAAGUUCAUCCCCACCAAAAAGGUAUCGGACAUCGUGCGGUACUUUGUUAUUUGGAAGAUGGCGCGGAUCAAGGCGGAUCUCGAGGCGUCGCGACCGCAGCCGCUGCCGCAGCCGCAGCAAGUCAAACCAACGUCGACCAGCUCGAAGAGGGACAAGGCGAAUGGAGCUGCUCGAACUGCGUCCACCGUUACUACUUCUGCAGCUCCCAAGCCGACCACUUCGCGCGCGGUCUCGCCCUCGCUCUCGGUGUAUGGAGAUGAUGCUCCCUCAGGCCCGUCGACAACGUGCGCCAUGUGCUCGACGACUUCGAGCAGGAUUUGGUACAAGGGUCCCGCUUCACUGGCCAACCGGGUACUGUGCGUCAGUUGUGGUAUCCACUGGCGCAAGUAUGCUGCUGAAACGUUCAACCCUGACCUUGUGUCUGUCAACACACGCAAUAAGUCUGCUGCUGCUGCUGCCGCCUCGGGUGCGUCUGAGGACGGUCUCGGUGUUGCACCGCCCUCCAAGCUGGCACGUAUGUCGCGCGACGGCAAAGGAUCUACGCCAGCCACGAGCCCAGCACCUGUGGCUCCUCCACCGGUGCCCAAACCCGAGCCGCUCAAGUGCGUCAUGUGCAAGCGCAUCGAGCCCAAGAAGAAGCUCGCGCAGUGCCGGCAGUGUUCGCUCAGCGUGCAUCAGGGCUGUUACGGUUUGACGGACCAGGAGAUCGAGAUGGAUGCGUGGCUGUGCGAUCCGUGCAACAACGAAAAGGCGCAAGAGGCGGCUCUGCUACCGAGAUGCAUUCUGUGCUCGCCCACAGCUCAGCAGGAUGCCGCGGCGAAUUCGGCCAAGCACGCUGCGGCGGCUGCAGGUGGGGGAGAAGGCAAAGCGAGAGGACGUCCGAAGGCGUCUGCUGUUGCUGCGGCGGCUGCAGCUGCGGCCGAGGAAGGGAUCAAGAAAGAAGCAGGCGCCGGUGGUGCUGUGGCGUCUCACGUCGUCAAAGCACCCCUGGGAGCGUUGGAUGCGUUCAAGCCGACCGAGUGCAACAAUUGGGCGCACGUGCUGUGCUCGGUGUUCAUGCCCGAAGUGGUGUUCUCGGACACGACGCGGCUGAAGACGGUCGAGUCGUGUGGCAAUCUGCCGACAUGGAGGUACGAAGCCCUGUGCUGUAUCUGCACCGUCCCGCGCGGAGCCUGCGUGACAUGUUCGGAGGCGAGCUGUCGCAAAACGUUCCACGUUAGCUGCGCGCACAACCAGCAGCCCGGCUUCACGCUGGCAUUCGAAAUCAUCCCCGUCAAGAGCACGCGGCGCGAGAUCAUCUCGACGCUCACAUUCAAAGGCGAAACCGGCCAUAUGGUGCCGCAGAUCUGGUGCCGCGAGCACAAGGAGGUGGCCAAGUCCAAAAAGCUGUAUGACCUGGCCGAGGUCGACCCCAAGACAGGUCUGACGAGUCUGCAGAUGUUCGUACGCGCGAACAAGCACCUCAGCUUGGCGGCUAACGGCACGCUGGUGGGAGGAGAUACAAGCUAUGCCCUGCUCAGGAGGGCCAAACGGUACGACUCGUUAAUGGCCGAUGUCACGCUAUUGGGGAACAAGAGUCUGACCGGAUCCGUAACACCUGAUGCCACCGUUGCUGCUGCUGCUGCUGCGAAGGCGGGGGUCAGCAAGGUGAAAUGCUGCGCUGGUUGCAAUACGCGAUUCUCGCCGUUCUGGUGGUCCCUCCCGGACGAGGCGCGGGUCAAGGCUGAAGCGGGGACAGACACGGCGCCCGUCAAAGGGACAACCUCGCUGUGCUGCAACUUUUGCAAGGAGUCGAGAUUCAAACAUCUGUUCGUCGAGUAG